AUGAUUCAUAAUGAAAAUGAUUCUGUUACAAUACGCCGUGAACUAUUACACAAACUAACUAUUCCGAAAUAUCGAAUAGCUUCACGAUUAGCAAAAACAAUUGAUACAAACUUCAAACACGAAGUUAAUGAUCCUUUAGUCAAAAUACGACUUGAUAAAAUACCCAAAUGGACUACCAAUCUCAUUAUUCAUUAUACACAUGAAAGACGACUUUCAACAUAUAAAAAAGAUAUUCAUCAAUUAUGGAAUCACAUAUUCGUGCACACACCAGUCAUUAAUACAAGACUUAUUGUUGGAAAACGAAACAGUGCAAAUCUAACUAAAGAAUUAGUAUGUCGACGUCCCCAGACUAACUCACAAUAA